AUGAUCUCCUCGCAACAAGUGGACGAAUAUUCCAGCUACUUCACCAAAUGGUACUUGAUAGCACCUUUGGCCUACCUUCUCUUCAAAGUGAUAGACCUGAUCAGGCUCUGGCGGGUGCUGAGACAAUUGGGCGCUAAGCCGUUGGUCAACAACCUUAAUGAUGGCUCGUUUGGCAUUAAGGCCGGACGCCAGAUCCUCAAGCUUAAGGCGACAGGCGAGUUGCUCGACUUCAACAUCGAACGCUUCAAGAACCUUGAAAACACCGACAUCGACACCUUCAGUUUGAGAGUGUUUGGUGCGCCCAUCAUCAUCACCAAGGAUCCAGAAAACAUCAAGGCUAUGUUGGCCACCCAGUUCAACGACUUCAGCUUGGGAUUCAGACACGGCCACUUCAAGCCAUUGUUGGGUGACGGGAUCUUCACCUUGGAUGGCGAGGGAUGGAAGCACUCCAGAGCCAUGUUGAGGCCCCAGUUUGCCAGAGAGCAGGUUGCACACGUCAAGGCGUUGGAGCCCCACAUGCAGACGUUGGCCAAACAUGUGCGCAAGUACAACGGGGCCAAGUUCGACAUCCAGGAGUUGUUUUUCAGGUUGACGGUCGACUCAGCCACCGAGUUCUUGUUUGGUGAGUCGGUUGUGUCGUUGGAAGAUGCCUCGAUCGGCAUGGAAAAGAACGCUGUGUCGUUUGACGGAAAGGACGGUUUUGCUGAUGCCUUCAACUACUCGCAAGAGAUCUUGGCCACCAGGGCUGUUUUCCAGAAAUUUUCCUGGAUUAUCAACCCAAAGAAGUUCAGAGACUGCAACGCUAAGGUCCACCAGUUUGCCGACUACUACGUGGGACAGGCCUUGAAGGCAACCCCAGAAGAAAUCGAAAAGAAAUCCAGCGAAGGUUACACAUUCUUGUAUGAGUUGGUCAAACACACCAGAGACCCAAAGAUUUUAAGAGACCAGUUGUUGAACAUCUUGGUUGCUGGUAGAGAUACCACUGCCGGGCUUUUGUCGUUUGCAUUUUACGAAUUGGCCAGAAACCCAGAGGUCUGGAGGAAAUUGAAGGAAGAAAUCUACGAGAAGUUUGGUUCUGGCGAUGAUGCCAGAAUCGACGAGAUCACUUUCGAGUCGCUCAAGAAAUGUGAAUACUUGAAGGCCGUGAUCAAUGAAACCUUGAGAUUGUAUCCUUCUGUUCCUCAAAAUUUCAGAGUUGCCACCAAAGACACCACCCUCCCAAGAGGAGGUGGUCCCGAUGGCCACUCCCCAGUUUUCAUCCCCAAGGGUCAAAAUGUCAUCUACCAAGUAUACGUUACCCACAGAGACCAGAAGGUGUACGGCAAGGAUGCAGAGCAAUACAGACCAGAAAGAUGGUUCGAGCCAUCUACCAGAAAGUUGGGAUGGGCGUUUGUUCCUUUCAACGGUGGUCCAAGAAUUUGCUUGGGUCAACAAUUUGCAUUGACUGAAGCUUCAUAUGUUAUCACCAGAUUGGCGCAAAUGUUCCCCAACCUCGACUGUUAUCACGACGAGCCAAAUUUCAAGAAGCAAUCCCACUUGACCAUGAGUAUUAAAGAUGGGUGUCCUAUUGGUCUUUAUUGA